AUGCGAUCUUCACCAACACCUUGGAGAACUUCACCUGCACUGGGACUAGUGUUGCUGGGACUCUACGCAACAGCUGUUGUCUCCAGUGGAUCUAUUUCCGAAACGCCAGCCGUAACGGCCCCAUCCGUAACGACGACGGCGAUAGUCACGACACCCACGGCGCCCGCGACGGCAGCUCUAUCUGUCACUUCCCCCGGAGUCUGCGAAUUCAAGACUAUCAACUACAUCACACAUACCCUCCCGCAACAAUGCUUGCGCUCAGCAUGGACGAGCCCAAGACCGGCCGCUACAGCCGUCGUCGAAAGCACAGCUGCCGAAACGGUCACUGUCAGUAUCACAUCAGUUGUCGAUAAUGCGACACAGCAAGAGCAGACAGCUGGUACCGAACAAAAGGAGGAAGAGGAAUCGGUGGCCUUCAUGUCAUUUGAAGAGUGGAAAGAGAUGAUGCUGCGCAAGUCAGGCCAGGAUCCCGCCAACAUCAAGAAGGCACAAAAACAACACCACGGAGAUCACCACAAACCCGACCGUGAACCGGGACUCAACAACGACAACAUGGACAGCCUGGGCAACGAUGGGGAAAUACUGGACUUUGACGCCCUCACGGAGAAAGUCACCGAGAUCACGUCCUCCUCUUCUGGGGAUGCUGUGGCUGAAGCCAGCAAAGAGGUACAGGAAGAACAAAUCCUCUAUGACGAUAACAAAACACCAUACUACCGGAGUAAGGACGCUGGAAAGACAUGCAAGGAGAGGUUCUCGUUCUCAUCAUUUGAUGCGGGUGCUACUAUCCUCAAAACAAGCCCUGGUGCUAAGAACGCUAAGGCCAUCCUGGUGGAAAACAAGGACACAUAUAUGCUACUCGAGUGCCAUCGGAAAAACAAAUUUGUCAUUGUCGAGCUGAGUGAUGAUAUCCUUGUUGACACAGUCGUCUUGGCGAAUUUUGAGUUCUUUUCCAGCAUGAUUCGAAAGUUCCGGGUCAGCGCCAGUGAUCGAUACCCCGUGAAGUUGGACAAGUGGGUGGACUUGGGCACCUUUGAGGCUCGAAAUGCUCGAGAUAUUCAGCCUUUUCUGGUUGAGCAUCCUCAGAUCUACACCAAGUACAUCCGUAUCGAGUUUCUGAGCCACUAUGGAAACGAGUAUUAUUGCCCAGUCUCACUGCUACGUGUUCAUGGAACGAGGAUGUUGGAUAGUUGGAAAGAGCCCAGAGAGGAUGAUGAGCCGGAGCAGAUUGAAGGGUCUUCCACUCAGGAGGUUGUUCCCGAGAUCCAAGAGCCCCCUUCAGAGCCGACUUCGGUCAUGGAGAGUGAGCAGGCCAACGAUACAAAGGAGGCUUCUCCAGACACAAUAGCCAUUGAUACAGGCUCGUCUCCCUGGCAACCAUACGACAGCCACUUUGUGCUUGAGACCUGCGCAAUGCGUUCGACUACGACAAGUGAUCCGACACCUGCUUCCGGACCAGACGGUGCCGAAAAACACAGCAACUCAACUUCCAAAGCUGACGCCGGGGCCGAAAAAGCAGUACCAGCAGACAAGGCCAAGGAGACACCAAAGGCCGAAAAGAUCUUCCCCUCUCCGGUGACAGGAGACACGGCCACUGGUCAAGGCCAACCAAACGCUGCACCCCCAGCGUCCAACCCUCCACCUCAGCCAGAUAGCGGUGACAAUGCCAACACGGGAAAUCAGGAUAACCAAAAGAAGCCGCCAAACCGUGCCAGUGACACCUCCCCAGACACCACCCCAUCCCAAGGCUCAGCAAAAACCCCAGGCAAAGAAGGCGAAAAACCCUCCAACGCAACCCGUAGCAAGACAACUCCCACCUCAGGGCAUCCCUCCCCCUCCCCCACCGUCCAAGAAUCAUUCUUCAAACAAGUCAACAAGCGCCUCCAACACCUCGAAUCCAACACCUCCCUCUCCCUCCAGUACAUAGAAGAGCAAUCCCGCUUCCUCCAAGAAGUCCUCCGCACCAUGGAGCGCAAACAGCUCACCCGGGUGGACUCCUUUCUUAACACCCUCAACCAAACCGUCUUUUCCGAGCUCCGCCACGUCAGAACCCAGUACGACCAAAUGUGGCAGUCGACCGUCAUCGCCCUGGAAACGCAGAGAGAACAAUCCGACCGCCAAAUCGUCGCCCUCACCACCCGCCUCAACGUCCUCGCCGAUGAGGUGGUGUUUCAAAAGCGCAUGGCGAUCUUCCAGUCAGUGCUGAUAUUAUCCUGUCUGGUUCUCGUAAUCUUCACCAACCGCGGCGGUAGCGACUCAUCCUUCCUGCCCCCAUCCCUAUCCCGUGACCCGUCCUCCGCGGCAGCGGCAUAUUACCGGCGAUACGCAGCAGGGUUCAUGUCCAACGGUGCCAGGUCCGAAACUGCCUCCCCACCACCUAUCUCCCCCGUGCCGGGGAGUAGUCAUUUUGAUUCUAUUCACCACAGGAUGAACUUUUCCCCUUCACCACCAUCCGCCUCGUCGUCGUCUGCUGCUACUCUUGCGGCGUCUGCGCUCCCGAGACAGACUUACUCCCCUACCGGCAUUCAUAAACGACCUGCUCCUGCUCAUAGGGAGAAAUCCCUCCCAAUGAUCCCGCCUUUAACUCCAGAGUCGAGUCGGGAAGGGACACCAGCUAUUCACAUCUCUAAUCACGGCUCUCCCCCUGAUGACCAGGAUGAGCUGGGUAGUAAUAACAACAACAAGUUGCAGCCGCUGCUGGAGGGGAUAAGGGAGGAGUCACCCUCUCCUUCACCGUCGCCCUCGCCGUCACCCGGAGAGACGGCCACGCAGCGGAGGAGGAGGCAGCAGCAGCUUGACCAGCCGUCUACCUCGUCGCUCUUGUCGCUGUCGUCGACGGACUACCAUGAGGUCUCGUCCAUCGAGACGAAUGGGGAGGAUGGUGGGAAGGAAAGGGCGCCGUCGUCACCAGAGGUUGAAGGACAAGAAUCAGAAGACGAAGAGGACGACCAAGAGAACGUGUCACAAGACAGGAGGGGGGCUAGGAAGCCGCUUCCUGCGUUGCCAGACGGUCCAAACUGA